UAUAUUCUAAAAAGAGCAUAUCAAAUACUUUCCAAUUUAGAUCGAUGCGUGUAUGUUAUCUUUAGUCAGGUCUGUUUCACGUUAAAUACUUCGCAUAUAAUCGUUUCUAACCUUGAAAAAUAACUAGUUACACGUUCGAAAAGUAGUACCUGCUUUCUUUCAACCUCACUUUGUCGUUUAUUUUACUUUUCAUGAAAUUCAACAAUACAGAGAAUAGAUUUAACGCAAACGAUAACAUACACACGAAGAGAAUUGAAUUUAAACGUUCGAAGGAAAUAAAAGUGUUCAUCAUUGUAUGUACUGUCGUUAACGUGUCAUAUGAUUUUGACAUUUUAAAUAAGAUGAAUUCAUCUGGUAUAAGUGUAAAAGUAUUUCAAGAUAAUAAAAACAUUUACGAAGAUUAUUGCGAAUAUUCGGAUGUAAAUGAUUUAAAUGACGUAACUUGUAAUAUACGAAGCAUACAAAGGAAGAUCAAUGACUUCUUAACUCAACUUUUACAAGAGAAUACAUCGGCCGAUAAAAAAAGUCACAUGGUUGUGUCGGAUACAGAUUCAAACUCAACCGAUGAAGAUGUUGAAGUCGAGCCAAAGAAAUGCAAGUUAAUGAAAUAUACCUAAUAUAUAGCGUAAUAAUAAAUAUAUAAAAAAUGUUUAUUUUUAUUAAAAUAUAAUAACAAAUUUUUUGUA